AAAUAUUUAAACUAUCGGCAGUGUAAAAUAUUAAAAUAGUUUUGUGUUGUUUUUUUUUUUUUUUUUUUUGAAAGGAUGAAUGAAAAGCUUACCGUGAUAUUAAGUGAUUCAACGUAGUGCGUUAGUGAAUAUGUACGAUUAAAAAUAGUAGCCGAGACACGAUUCAGGCAUGAAUAUUCAUUUUGCAGUGGUCUUUUGCGUCUUACAAUUAUUUGACGGCGUUACGCGAGCGUAUGCCGGACACGCUUCGAGCUUGAAGUCGCACUACAAGGAGACGCCGUCGUACGCACAACAGGUGCCGUGGACGCCACCGGAACCGGGCGGCGGGAACGGCGUCGACUCGGUUGCAGGCGGCGGCGGCCCGACGGGCAUGGGAGAUCCGUUGCUCCUGUCGCCAACGUCGUCGUCACCGACGCCGCCCUCGUUCUCCACUGAUCCGCCGCCAAAGUGCGCCGACGUGACCGGCCUGUCCGCCGGCCAGGCCAAGCUAUGCCUGCUCUACGAGGAACACUUGGCGUCCAUCCGGUACGGCGUCCAGUCCGGGCUCACCGAGUGCCGGUCGCAGUUCCUGCACCGCCGGUGGAACUGUUCCAUGAACGCCGAGAACGCUGGCACGCCGUUCCUCGGACCCGAUUUACAAACAAGUAGCCGCGAGGCAGCAUUCGUUCAAGCAAUCAAAUCAGCCGGCGUUGCGCACGCUAUGGCCCGCGCCUGCCGAGAUGGUCGUUUGAACACAUGCAGCUGCUCGAGAUCUGGAAGACCAAAGGAGUUGAGAAGGGAUUGGGUAUGGGGUGGUUGCGGAGAUAACAUGGAAUAUGGAUACAAGUUUACUAAAGGGUUUUUGGACGUCAAAGAAAAAGAGAAGCGAUGGAAAAGAGGUUCUCCCGAACAAGGUCGUAGCUUGAUGAACCUGCACAACAAUGAGGCAGGCAGAAGGGCCGUGCUGAAGAAGUCCAGAGUGACGUGCAAGUGUCACGGUGUUUCCGGUUCGUGCAGUUUGAUUACGUGUUGGCAGCAAUUACCGUCUAUGCGCGAGCUAGGCGAGUACCUGAAAGAAAAAUACGAAGGGGCUAUCGAGGUGAGGGCCACCAGACGCGGACGGUUGCAGAUCCGAGACCCGAGGUUCAGUUUGCCGACGGCCAGUGAUCUCGUCUACAUCGACGAUUCGCCUAACUAUUGUAUCAGGAACAUGACCGCCGGUUCUAUAGGUACUCAUGGCCGAGAAUGCAAUCGGACAUCGCAUGGAAUGGAUGGAUGUAGUUUACUCUGUUGUGGUAGAGGCUACAAUACACAGCGAUUGGUCACACGUGAGAAAUGUGAAUGCAAAUUUCACUGGUGCUGUUAUGUGCAAUGUAAGACAUGUACUCGUAACGCUGAGGUUCAUACAUGUAAAUAAAGCAAAAGAAAAAAGAAAGAAAGAAAACAUUUUAAGUAUUGAACAUUAGAUCUCAAAAUAUAAACUUUUGGCUUCCUUAAAUCCUCCCUUACUCUCACUUGCUUAUAUUCUAUAAUUGUGUUUUUGAUUUUCCUUGUAUUUGAACAUAAGCAAACUAUCAUUAAACAAUGCUCAUAUUAUUGGCAUACAUAACUAUUUAUUUAUCAAAA